AGUUCAGGGAAAACAGUGAUAAGCAGCAAGCAGCUUCUGGGUUUUGCUUACAAGAGGACUCCCGCUGAAUCGGGGCGAGAGAAUGUUUGCAUAGAACUCUAUUUUCCUGCCACUGUAGCGAAACAGUGCAGCAACGUCGGCUCGGAACAAAAAAGCUGUAACACAGGACAGCCACAGGAGGGGAGACUCAUUGACAGAAGCAGGCAGAGUGCGUGGCGACUUCUCAGGAGGAGCUCAACCUGACGUUUUAGCCUCACUGGCCCAGGCGUGGGGACAGGAUGACACACUAGAUUGUCCCUGAACUUCUUCCACUAAGUCCUCUCAUCAGUCUCUGUCAUUCCUGCACCUGCUCCCUUUUCUCACACGAAGAUGUCAGAUGAAGACUGCCGCUCGCCCAUAGGCCUAGACUGCUGCAGCUGUUGCCUGGACCUGGCCAACGGGUGUGAUGACUCCCUGUCCAGCAGUCCGACUCGAAGCCAUGGCACUGCGGGGGCCCUGCCACCAAGUCCCACCAGCCCCAGUGUGAACCACUUUCGCCAGCUCCGCAGCCAGCUGGUGUACCAGAACCUGAACACAGACAAGCUGAACAACAUCAUGAGGCAGGACUCCCUGGAGUCAGUGGUGAGGGACCCCUGCUUUCUCCUCAAUGAGGGCAUCUGCAGCAGCAACAUCGACCAGACUAUGUUGUCCAUUCUACUCUUCUUUCACAGCUUUCCAGACAGAACUGUGAGCUACUCUCCCCCAUACUCACCAAGUCUCUUCAAAAGGCCGGAUCGCCGUGCCUCUGGUGCUAGCGUGGUGGCCAUUGACAACAAGAUCGAGCAGGCCAUGGAUCUUGUCAAGAACCACUUGAUGUACGCGGUGCGUGAGGAGGUGGAAAUCCUCAAGGAGCAGAUAAAGGAGCUAGCAGAGAAGAACAACCAGCUUGAGAGGGAGAACUACCUGCUUAAGAACCUGGCCAGUCCGGAGCAGCUGGAGAAGUUCCAGUCCCGCAUCCCGACAGAUGUGCUCUUGGAUAAUCAGAACGUCCGGGUGACCCCAGCGCCACAGCAAAAGAACCAGCAGCAGAGCUGUAGCCACAGCACUGGCUCUGCUGUAUAAGUGGCUCUGCUUUGGGGCGGGCAGAGCCACUUUGUCUUUAAAAGUCGUGGACCUCGUUUUUGAACGCAAGCGUUACUAAAUCGCCGCCACCGAGAUCCCUUCGGGACAUCGAAGAAGAAUCAUCGGUGCUGUAAAUGAUUGAUGGGACUCAAAUGAACUGCUGAUACUGAUAAGCACAAAACCAGAAUUAGAGACGCUCUAAAACUGGUGCCGUAUCAGGCCCAUCCUGUGUACCAUCCAGCUCUUUGUCGUAGUCUCUCUUCGUAGGCAUGAGUGUUAAGCAUAGAAAGGGCAGACUAGCCUAGACAGAGGGUGGGGGAUUUCCCUCCCUAGCCAAACUCUUCCAGCAAAGCACCCUCCUUUUUUCCUCUGUUGAGGAAGGGGGAGAGCAAGGAGGUGUUGAUUGGGCUUGCCCUGCAGGCGCUAACCUGGAAAGUGCUGGGACUUCACUCCCUCAUGACCCAGAGGAGACCCAUCUGAGACGGCCCUCCAAGUCUCAACAAGAACAGUCCCAUCGGUGUGGAUUCACCUCAUCUCAAAAUACUUUAAUGGACUUCCAACCGCACAUUUCAGACACAUACAGACUUCUGAUCUACCUACAGUGUAUUGCUGCCAUGUUCCUGUCCAUCCUAAGCAUAACAAGAAAAAUACACAGGAUAAGCUAAGGCUACAGCGGUGGAGGUCAGCGCAAUGUUCUCCAUCUAAUCUGAUGAACUGCUGCAGUAAACUAACAGAAUACUGUAAUAUCUCAUAAAACAUGUAGACUUGUAUUGUUUGCUGUCGGGGCUUGCUGCUUAUGGGGGUAAAACUAAUUCUGCUAUAUCUUCUGUUUUUGUUAAAUUCAGAACAAAAAUCAGUUGUAUUGUACAAUAAGAGCAGUGUAGUAGGCUUUCAGAAGCUGUCUUUGUUACAGGUCCGUCCAUAUCUGCCAUUUUGUUUGCUUAACUCACAGGAAAACUACAAUGUACAUACAGAUGAAAUGUCUCUGAGGAAAAUAAUGUUAGGAUGGUUUGCAAGCAGACAGCUGCGUUUCUAGCAGCCUGUGCACUCCUUUUGUUUGUAGGUAGUGCCGUCCAGUAUAUGGUCUCUUUCCUUAUUCAGAUCGCAACUUGAAAACAAUGGCACGACAACAGUGCCUGUAAGCGAUGAUCGCAUUUCUGACAAGACUUUGGUUAUUGUUGUCGUUUUUUCCAGCUACCAAAGACGUAUUUUCACACGGCAACAAAAGCUAACCAAAUGAGGACCAUGUGUAAAACUUCACAGGGAGAAGUCUUCUUCGUAGCUAGAGUUAAAUUUUGUUUGUGUUUGUUUUGUAAAAAUUACGAUUUUGUUGCUAUAAAGUAUCCCUGAAACAGUUGACAACUGUAAUUUUUGGAUACAACUGCACAGUUGCAAUAAACCGUAUGUUUACAUAAUA